AUGGAUCGAAGUCAUUGAAACCAGCCUAAUAGAUAUCAGCGAAGAGGCUCUCGUGGGGGCUUUAGUAGAGGAAGAGGUGGACCUCCGAGAAGAAACUCAGAGUGAAAUGACCAGCCAAGAUACCCAAAAAAAUUGAAUUAUGAGAAAUUAAGCGAAGGAAUCCCUGAUCCAGAGGAGCUACCGAUAUUUAGGCAUAAAGAAAAAAUCCUGAAGCAGCUCAAUCAAUUUAAUGUAGGAAUAAUUGAAGGCGCAACUGGUAGUGGAAAAACUACACAAGUUCCUGGCUCUCCCCCUCCGUGAGCAAACAAAAAAAUUUUGCUCGCUCAUGGAGGUGGUUAUUUUUUUUAAAAACAAAAUAUAUAGUGAAAAUUUAAAAAAUUCAUAAUAUUGAGGAGUAAAAUUAAUUAAUUUGUAAAAUUUAUGUUUUAAAAUGCAAGCUAUUUAAAAUUAAAUAGAAUUAGCUAGAGAUUUCAUUAUACUGAAUAUCACUUAUAUAUUAAAAUAUUUUAUCAUAAAAAAAUUUUUAUUCGCUUGCGGAGGGGCAAAAAAAGGGAUUUUUCCAAUGCUUUGUUGGGGGGUAAAUAUAUCCUUGAAAGAUGGCCAGAUAGUAAAAUUGUAAUUUCUCAGCCAAGGAGGCUUCCUACGAUACAAAUUGCUACACGAGUUGCUGAAGAAAUGGAGACAGAAAUAGGUGAAGUUGUUGGAUAUCAUAUUAAAGGAAUUAAAAAAUAUAAUGAGAAUUCAAGGAUUAUAUACAUGACAACAGGAAUGCUCGUCCAGGAGCUUUGUGGAUGUGAAACUAUUAAAGAGCACAAAAUACCAUGAAACUUUGUAGUUAUGGAUGAAGUGCAUGAAAGGUCUAUAGAAACAGAUUUUUUGCUGGUUAUUUUCAAAUAUUUGUUAGCAAAAAAAUCAAAUUUUAAGCUGAUUUUGAUGUCGGCUACUAUGGAGAAAAUUAUUGGAAAUUAUUUUGCACCAACUGAGCUUAGCAAGCUAGAAAAUACAGAUUUUUCUACUGAUAGUGAAGAAUGAGAAGAAGAGAAAAUUGAGAAAUUAUCAAAUCAGAAUGAAAACAGCUGAACAAGCCCUGAGGACGUAUGAAAUAAUAGUUGGGUUAAUAAUCCAACACCUGCAAGUAGCUAUAAAUCAAACAUCGCUCGUAUAGAAAACAGAUUUGAAAAAGACCGCGCUGACAAAAUUGAUUCCUUAUCAACUGAUUCUCGUCUAUUUAAAGUAGAUCUAAUUUAUAUAGAUGAGCUUAUAGAUGCAAUUGAUAGAAAUAACUUUAGAGCUGAAGGAAAAUAUGAUAGAAAUUACAUAAAUACUUUAUUCAUUGAAGACUCAGAUACAAAGGUUGAAGAAGUUGAUAAUAUUAUUUUUGAUAUUGCAGCAUAUACAAUAAAAUAUCAGCAUUUAAUAAAAUUUAAACCAGAAGAAAGACUUACCUAAAAAUGAAAAAAAAUUAUAAAAAUUUAACACCUUAACACCCUAACACCCUGGGGAAAAAAAAAUUGAUGAGAAAAUUUAGCACAUUUUUGGUUUUUCUUCCAGGAAUUCAAGAAAUUAAUUAUAUGUAUGAUAAGCUAGAAGACAUUUGCGAGGAUAUUUUCUACGAGCUAGAUAUCUGCAUACUUCAUAGUUCAAUUCCUGAAGAACAACAUGAAAAAGUGCUAGAGCUUCCUUCUCCUGAUAAAAGAAGAAUAAUUUUAUCAACAAACAUCGCCGAAAGCUCAGUGACACUUAUUGACGUAAGAUUUAUAAUUGAUUUUGGAUUUUUAAGGCAAAAUGCAUUCAAUUCAAAUACAAUGGCUGAUAACUUAGAGCUUGUCUGGGCAGCAAAAUCUGUUAUGAAACAAAGAGCUGGAAGAGUUGGCAGAGUUGCUGAUGGUGUUGUUUUUCGACUAAUGCCUGAAGGAUUUUUCAAUUUUAAACUUUAUGACUACGCAAAACCUGAAAUCCAAAGAUGCUCACUUGACAAGCUAGUUUUAAAAUUAAAACAAUUAAAUUUCGGUAAUCCAAGAGAUGUCCUUGGGAAAGCCCUACAGCCUCCUGAUGAAGCAGAAAUUGCCAAAACUGAAAAAUAUUUGCAAGAAAUGGGAGGGCUAGAUUCCAAAAAAAAUAUCACCCCAUUAGGAAAAUUAUAUGCAGAUAUGCCCUAUGAUAUAAGAGUUACACGCUUAUGCAUGUUUGGGCUGAUUUUUGGCUGCUUUCGAGACUCCAUGGUAAUCGGUGCCAUUUUAUCAUUAGAAAGGCCACCAUUGCAGCAUCUCGCUAACUUACCUUCUAAAUUUUCAAAAAAACACCCAGAAACCUACCAAGCAAGAUAUAAUUUUGACAAUGGCUGUAACAGUGAUUUAAUCAGCUACUUAAAUGCUUACGAUAUAUGGUACAGAGAGUUUGGCUACGAAGUCGAAAAAAUUAUGUUUAGAAACGGUCGAAAUUUAUAUCUGUUUAGCAAGAAUGGCCCGGAGUGUUUUAGUUUGCCAUUUUAAAUUUGGUAGCAAAAAACUAUUGUAUGCCAAUAAAUUUGGCAAGCCAACUAUUCCCUGGCUAACCAAAAAAUGCUCCUUACUCCCCCCCCCUCCGUGAGUGAACACAAAAAUAUUUUGUUCACUCACGGAGGGGUGUUAAUUUUUUUUUUUAAAAAAAUUUAUAUAUAAAUUUUUAUAAACAAUUUUUUUUUUUCGAAAUUUAAAAAAAUCCUAAUUCGCAAAAUUUUGAAAAGCAAAUAUUAAUUUAAUUUAUAAAAUUUAUGUUUAAAAAAGCAAUUCGUUUAAAAUUAAACAGAAUCAGCUCUAGAUUUCAUUAUAAUAAUUAUCAUUUAUAUAUAAAAAUUUUUUCCAUAAAAAAUUUUUCUAUUAAAAAAAAUUUUUGUUCACUCAUUUUUUGGGCAAAAAAUAGGGAUUUUUCUAAUGGUUUUGUUCACUCACGGAGGGGGGGGGGAGUUAGUGGAUUAUUUUGUAAAUUAGUAUAAGAAAACCCCCAGUGACUCUUGAAGAAAAAGAAUUUUGCAGAAAUAAUUGCUUGGACCCAAAUGCUCUCCGUGAAAAUUUAAAUAAUUAUAAAGAGCUCGAAAAAAGAUUUGAAGAACGAAAAAUAGAUAAGCGGCAUUUUCAAUAUGACCAAGAUUGUGUUGAAAAAAGAAGCCCCGCAAGUGAAGAAGUUUUCCGUAUAAAGCUCUGUAUAGCUGCCGCAUAUAGUGGAAAAUAUUUGCUUUCUAAAUAUGAAAUUGAUGAAGCCUUCACAAGAGAAAAACUGUGCCAAAAGAUCGGGAAAAAUUGUGAAACCUCUAUUAUGAUUCCUGACAUUCCAGACUUCAUAACCCAAGUUGAAAUAGAAAAUUUAAUAAAAGGAAAUAGUGAGAGCCCUGAAAGAAUUUUUAUGAGCCAUUCCAGCGCUGUAAUUACAUAUAAAAAAAACGUAAGAGAUCGUACCCUGAAAUAUGUAUUAUGGCUCGGUAGCUAUUACCAAAGAUACAAUAAUUUAGCUUGGCUUGUUUCUAUGGAUACUGUCAGAAACCCUGAAACUGGAGAGCUUUGGGAAGCAUAUCCAUCCCGAUACGCAGAUUCUAAAAUGCAAGAAGCCUUAAGGAUCAGCAAAAGAAACUUCGCAGCUUCAUAUAAAAGAGAAAACAUCAUAAAAAUCAAUGAAAACCAGUACAGAGAUUGUGUAAAAGCUACAGAAAUCGCAUUUUUAGAGAGGCCAGAAUAUCCUUAUAAGUUGAGAUUUUUUGAUGUGAUGACAAGAUAUUCCAUAAAAAUAGAAGAAGACUCAAUAAAUGCUGUCUGCAUAUGCAGAGAUGAAAAACGAGCAGAUAGAAAAAUGGCAGUUUGCUGUGAAUACGUGGAGAAAAGAAAUUUUACUAUUGCAAGAAAUUCGACAAUAAUGCCAGAAUACCCAAACCUGCCUCAAAUUUUGACCUUGAUAUUUUCUCCAAAUGCUGAAUUUUUUGCAGAUGAUAAAAAUACACGAUAUGACUCUUUUCGAGUCCAUAACAGCGUCAAUAAAAUAUUGUUUGAUUUUGAAUUCACUGGAUAUGAUGUAGAAAUUAUCAAUGAAAUCAGAAAAGAAAUCAGUAUUUUGAUUUUUGAUGAUAAAUAUAUAAAGCACAGUGAGUUGUCAAAUAAUAUCAGAAAUAAUAUUAAAAAGCUGUUAAAAGCAGACAGAAUUAGAAUAGAAAGGGAACUUCCUAAUUGGAAAAAACUGAUAAAUUGGAAUAAAACUAUUGAAAAUCCUCACAAAUUUGAGGAUUUUGAAAUUGAUAACUCUUAUAAUGGGUAUUUGCCAGCAAUUAAGCCUCUUCCUAUUGAUGAAGACCCUAGACAUUGGCAGCCAAAUAGUGAGGAGCUAUUUUCAAAUGAUUUAUCAGAAAUUCAUUAUAAAAAAGAACUGCUAAUCGCUGAUAUCGAGAAAAAUGGGAAAAUCGCAGCAUUGAGGCAAGCUGAAUUUGUAUGUGCUGUAUGUAGCAGUACAAUUUGUUCAUAUCAGUGUGUAAAACAAUUUAACAAAGAAAAUUUAUUCAUGGUUACUGGAUACUCUGGGCUAAAUGAAGUUGAUACUGUAAAUGAUGAUGAUUUAGUCAACGAAAUUUCCCAAAAAUAUGACCCAGAAAGGUGGGUUGUCUGCGCACGUGGACAUACAAUAGGCUGGGUUGAAAGAGAUCAUUAUAUUUUUUCUGAGAAAUCUCCAGUCGCUGUUCUUUUUCCAACUUUAUAUAGAGUUGAUUGAAAUCCUGAACUAUGAAAUAAUGAUAUGGAAAAACUAUAUAUUCUGGCUGAGGAAUAUGCAAGUAAGGCUAAAUAUAUGGAAAUUUCUUCUUACUGCAGCAUAUGCAUGAUCCAGUUCAAGACUAUUGAAAGCUUUAGCGUGCACGUAAAUUUAGAAGAAUCUCAUAAACUGAAGACAAAAGAUUUCUUAAUCCCUUAUAUUUCAUAA